GAAAAGAAAAAGAAAAAGAAAAAGUUCUCAUUUCUCUCUCUAGUUUCUCUCAGUAGCUUCUCUUCUCCUCUCUUCACUCCAUGUCAAAACCCUAGAACCAGAGAAUGAAUCCCUCAACACCACUUGGCCCAAAAUCUCCAUUAACGAACCCUCAAAUCGUUCAAAACAUCACUACUAUUCUCACCUCCAACAAAGCCUCACUCCAUGCUCUCACCCGAUUCAUCCCCCACCUCACCCCACCCAUCAUCCUCUCCAUAAUCUCCUCCCAAACACUAUUUUCUCGCCCCAACACUCUCCUCUCUUUCUUCAAUUGGUCCCAGAACCACAUACCCACUUUCUCUCUCCACAAUCCCACUCAAACCCUACCUUCUCUGCUCACUCUGCUCGCUUCCCUCUUCAGCCAUAAUAAAUUCACCGACGCCAAGUCGCUUCUUCUCAAGUUCAUCGCCACCGAUCGCCACCACGACCUCCACCGGUCCCUCCUACACCCCUCGGCGUCGUUCCCUAGGCAAUCGAGAGCCCUGCUUGACACUGCGAUUGGUGCAUAUGUUCAAUUGGGUCGGCCACACCUUGCGCUGCAGGUUUUCAAGAAAAUGAAGCGGCUCCGGCUUCGCCCAAAUACUCAGACGUGCAAUGUGCUCCUCAAUUCGUUGGUAAAGUACCCAUCUUCGCAUUCGGUUUCAUUUUCUAGGGAAAUAUUUUGUGAUGUAAUUCAACUUGGGGUUGUCCCAAAUGCGAACACAUUUAACAUAUUGAUUAAAGGGUAUUGUUUAGAAAAUAAGUUUGGAGAUGCUAUGGAAUUGUUGAACCGAAUGGAUGAAUACGGUUGUUUGCCUGAUAAUGUUACUUAUAAUACGUUAUUGGAUUUCUUUUGUAAGAAAGGUAGGUUAAAUGAUGUUCGUGAUUUGUUGAUGCACAUGAAGAAUACUGGGUUGUUGCCGAACAAGAACACUUAUAAUAUUUUGGUCUAUGGGUAUUGUAAAAUGGGGUGGUUGAAGGAAGCUGCUAAUGUUAUUGACUUGAUGAUGCAGAAUAAUUUUGUGCCGGAUAUGUGGACUUACAAUACUUUGAUUAAUGGGAUGUGUAGUGAGGGAAAGAUUGAAGAGGCUUUUAAGCUUAAAAAUGAGAUGGAAAAUUUGAAAUUGUUCGCCGAUGUGGUUACUUAUAAUACAUUGAUCAAUGGGUCCCUUGAGUGGAAAAAUGAAUCCGAGGCGUUCAAGUUGCUUGACGAAAUGAAUGAGAAAGGAGUGAAACAGAAUGAGGUCACUCACAAUAUAAUGAUUAAGUGGUAUUGUAAGGAAGGAAAGAUGGAUGAAGCUGGUGAUGCUUUUCGAAAGAUGGAAGAAAGUGGGUUUUCCCCAGAUUGUGUUACUUACAAUACUUUGAUAAAUGGGUACUGUAAAGCAGGUAAAGUGGGGGAAGCCUUUAAUAUGAUGAAUAAAAUGGGUGGCAAAGGUUUGAAGAUGGAUACUGUAACCCUCAAUACUUUUCUCCACACUCUUUGCGGGGAGAGAAAGCUUAAUGAAGCCUACGAGUUACUUGCCCGUGCAAAUAAGCGAGGGUAUAUUGUUGAUGAAGUAACCUAUGGAACAUUGAUGGUGGGGUUUUUCAAGGAUGAAAAUGGAGACAAAGCUAUGAAGCUUUGGGAUGAGAUGAAGGAAAGGGAGAUCAUUCCGAGCAUUGUCACUUAUAACUCCGUUAUUGGAGGGCUCUGCAAGUUGGGAAAAACUGAGCAAGCAGUAACUAAGUUGAAUGAACUUAUGGAAAAUGGGUUGGUGCCUGAUGAAACCACUUACAACACAAUUAUUCAUGGGUACUGCUGGGAGGGAAAUGUUGAGAAAGCAUUUCAGUUUCACAAUAAAAUGGUCGAGAAUUCAUUUAAGCCUGAUGUCUACACAUGUAAUAUUCUUCUUCGUGGCCUUUGUAGAGAGGGGAUGCUUGAAAAAGGUAUUAAGCUCUUCAACACCUGGAUUUCAAAAGGUAAAACCAUUGAUGCUGUAACCUACAACACAUUGAUAACAGCCUUAUGCAAGGAAGGGAGACUUGAGGAUGCUUUGGGUCUUGUUGUAGAAAUGCAGGUAAAGAAACUAGGGCCUGAUCAUUAUACAUAUAAUGCUAUUCUCCAAGCGCUUACCAAUGCUGGGAGGAUCAAGGAAGCAGAGGAGUUAAUGUCAAAAGUGGGUGAGAUGGGAAAAUUAUCUGAGCAGCCUUUACAAAUGGAUGAGGAGCAAGAUGUGGUUACUAGGGAAACUCCGGAUGAAUCAGAUUCAAGUUAUGUAACUUAUACAGAUCAGAUAAAAGAGUUUUGUACUAAAGGGAGAUACAAGGAUGCUAUGCAUAUGGUUAACGAACUGAUCCAGAAGGGUAUUCCCAUAAGUAAAUCCACUUAUAUCACUUUGAUGAAUGGACUCAUCCAGAGGAGAAAAGGUACAUUCAAGGGAGCCUAAUUACAUUACCUCCUUCUUUGGCUAAUUUCCUUGUCAAAGGGAAGUGGGCUGGCAUCAUUACAUGUGUCAUGUUUGGCAGUAAUUCAGCCAAGCAAGGAAUCCAGUGACAGAUCACUGGAAAAGGGGACCUAGCUCAAGAUGAAGCAGCUGGAUGACUUUGUCUUGUUUACUUCACCCUUACCUUAUUUGAAGAUGAGAUUGGAAAAAAGCAGAGUUCCCAUUUUCUUGACUACCUUGAUGAGCUGCAAAACAUUGGUUACUGGCUAUCUGAGAAAUGGGUUUAUUUCCAAAGUUGAAAUUUCAUGCUUAGACAUUUGGCCAGAGAUACUUUUAUCCAGUGAUCAGAGUGGCAUCUCUGGCAGAGUUUUAAGGUGAAAAGUGAGAAGCGACUUCAUACAAGGACGUGGGUAGCUAUCUUUGGCGCAACUUUAAGAAGUAAAAUGAGUGUCUUUCAAAACUGAUGUUAAAAACACCUGGAAGAUAUUUUUAAGAAGAAUAGAAUGGUGAAGUAGCAGCAGAAUGGGUACAAGGGGAAGUUGAUCUUGAAGAGACAGAAUAUGAUCAAGAUGAACAAGAAGAUUGGGAAUGACAACAAUGGCAAGGAUGGCUGAUGGUUGGCUCAGUACUCAGUAUUGGUCCAUGAUAUUGUCUAGAGUUCUCUAUCUGCGCAUUAUAUGGUGUUGAUAAUUGGUACCUUUGUAAUUUCGCAUUCAUGUGUUGUAAUAUUAUGAUUAAUUUAAUCAAAUCAUAGAUUUAAUUUUGCUACAAUAUAAUCCUAUUUCGGAUCCUAGUUCAGAAAUUAACCAUUUUUAUCUUUAUUUUUAUAUUUUUUCUUUAUCAUAUACGUGUUCUUGACAUUACUCAUAAGUUGGUAGUCAAACAUCGUCCAGUUUUCUUAUCUUUAUGUUUAAAGAGUCUCCUUUACUUAUGCAGAGGCUGAAGUUUGUGCAACUCUACAAUAUGUGGGUGCAUGUUAAUAUUUCUUGAAUAUGUUGUGUGAUUGCUAGUCCUUGGGUGGUGUUACUCCACUAAGUUCCAUUUCACGAUUACUCUAAAUUUGCAGUUUAUCUAGAAAAAUCCUGCUCCAUUCCAAAUUCUAUACUUAAAUUCUAAUUUGAUUAUGAUUGUUUUUAUAUCUUUGGCUCUUUUAAAACAAUAUCAGAAUUCCUACAUAAAAUAUAUUGGGAUAGUGUUAUUUUCUAGCAAUAAAUGCAACAAUUUAUUAUCUGUUAUUCAUUUUUACUGGUAUUCUGAUCUCUCAACUUAGUAAAACCAUUCUAACAUAACCUUAAAUUUGGAUUUGGUGACAGACACAAACCCUGUCUCACCAAGUUUUUCUUGUCAUAACCUAAAUUCAUAGGGUGCUUGUGCAACUGUACAUCUCUCACUUAAUCCAGAAUAAGUAGCUUCCCCUUUGAUAUUUCAUGGCACUCUUUCACAUCUUUGCACAUCUGGAGAGAGCAAAUUAUUUUAAAUAUUGUUUGAUUGCUCUAAUAAAUCUACUUCUUUGCCCUUAACAUACUUUUGUAAGUGCAGCCAAUUUAUUUUAUUUAAUUUUUUAACUCUUCCAGGCAUGGAAUUCUCUUAUUGUUCUGGUCACUAAAUUUCUGUGCUCUGCUAUGCAAUCACAUUUUUUUUUUUUUUUUU